AUGUCGCGCACUCCGAAAGCGCCUCGCUGCGUUGGCAGCCCGUCCUUCGCCCCAGAUAAAGUCAUCGAGGAUGCUCCAAGACUCCAGCAAGCCCGCGAGCUGUUGGCAGCAAACGACCUAUACAACGCCAGCCGUGUCCUGCUUAGCCUUCCCGAGAGGGACUCCUUUACGUACCAUGCUAUGACAAGUGUCAAGCUGGCCGAGGUGCAGCACGUUGUCGGACUGGGCGGCGUCAAUAAUCUGCACGCUUGGUAUCGUGACGAGGACGGCACAGCUAGAGAGCCGCCGCCGCUACCAGAUAUCGAGGCGUACAUCUCCAUCUUCAGCCCCUCAACGGCCACGGCGUCUGCUCUCAAAAACUUUGAGACCAACGCAAAGAAGACGUCGAUCCGGUCCGAGGCCGCGCGGCACUUGGCAGAGAAGCGCUACGUACACCCGGCAUUGGCCUCACAGCUAACCAUUCCCAAGUCCAAGCAGCCGCCCAGCCAGAACCCGUACUUUGACUUUUGGGCGUGGUCGUGCCGCAAUCUGGAGUGGUGCGGGCCGUGCGCUUCGUCUGAGCGGGUGGCAACGAGCCACCAUGUGCUCCCUAUUUUCAUGCACCACUUUGGCUGUGCAACACCGUCACACGAGAGCCUGGCAAUGUUGAGACUGCUGGCGGAUGGCCGAGCGGUUGCGGAUAUGGGCUCGGGUAAUGGGUACUGGACGUUUCUGCUUCGGCGGUACGGCCUGACGGUCUAUCCAGUGGAUAACAUGCAGAGCGAGUGGAGGGUCAAUUGGGUUGACGACACCGUCAUCAUGGACGGCGUCCAGUGGCUACGAAAGAACGACAACGGCAAAGAUUUGGUCCUGCUGCUCGUCUACCCCGUUGUCGGAGGAGGCAUCGGGGGAGGCACCGAAGGUAGCUUUACCAGGGGUCUUGUCAAUGCCUUCCAAGGAGACACAAUUGCGGUUGUUGGAACACAAAAUGGCAAUGGAUACACAGGCUUUAAGAGCAUGACAAUGGACGUGUUUAUGGAGCAAGAGCACCCAGAGUGGACCAAGGUGGUACAGAUUCCCCUGCCAAGCUUUGCGGGCAAGGAUGAAGCAUUGUACGUCUUUCAGAGAGGCGGCAGAGCGCCCAACGAAUCAAGUUGA